AUCUAGAGUUUUAAAUCAUCUUUUAAAAUCCAUCAAAAUUUAAUUAAAAUUGGUAAUUUUGAUUUUCUUAUAAUGGGGAGAUUGUCUCUUGAAAUGAUCAUUAAAUUAUAUUUUGUUCUCUAUUUAAAACCUCCUUAGUAAUAACUGGAAUUGACAAACAAAAAUAAUCGAAUCAACAAGCUAAAAAAUCUUGCUUUGAUUCAACUAUGAUCAUGAAUGAUUUACCUUUGCAUCUUCUCGACGAGAUUCUCUUCAGAUUAGAACCCAAAUCCAUGGCGAUGAUGCGAUGUACGAACAAAUCUUUCAAAUCGAAUUUAACUGAUCCAAGAUUUGGACCUCAAUACCCUUCAUGGGUCAGACCCAAUUUGAUUAGCCUUUCGACCUCUGACAUAUCUCUCGUCUUUUGCAAGCCUUUGGUCUCUUCAUGUGAUUCUGUGUCACUAGAAUUCAGAGCAGGGCUCAUCAAAGACCGAUGUUACAUUUUUGGCUCAUGCUCCGGCCUGCUCCUAAUAUACAUUGGUCAUCUCUUCGUCGCAAAUCCCUUGACAAAGAAGUUUCGAAUCCUAAAUCACUCUGGUUCAAAGCUUCUGCCUCACAUAGUUGGUGGUGUCGAAAAGCAUGAUCCUUAUGACCCCAAUGAUCCCCUUGUUCGUCGUACAGAGAGAGCGAUGUGCGUUGGUUUCGUGGUAGAUCCAUCUCGAACCACCAAGAGAUUCAAGAUCGUCUGCAUACUUGAGAUGGAAACGAAGUACAUAUUCGAAAUCAGCGACGGAGAUUCUUGGAGGUUAUCGAAAACGACCCUAACGACUAGCUCCAAAAGUGGUCUCAAGACGCGGAUAAAACCUGUUUACGUAGAUGGCAAUCUUCAUUGGUUGAGAAACGACUGGAGCCUCAUAGCGUUCAAUCCCGAGACAGAGCAAGCACGACUGAUUCCUUGUAGCUUCCAUCCAACACCGGACACCAAGGUUCUUUUCGCCGCAAAAGAAAAGAUCAACCCCAUGACCUUGAUAUCAGGGACGAUAAAAGAAAUCUCAAUCUACACACUGCUCGGGAAUCACAAGUGGGCACUCGAAAGGCAGAUCAAGAAUGUACCAAUGGAGAAAUUAAGGUUUAAAUAUUGGAACGUAGUUGCAUAUGACGGCAAGUGUCUAGUGGUGUUGGAUAAUGAAAUGGUGCAUCAUGUGGACAGUUGGCGAGUUUUGGGGGGAAUCGAAUAUUGGUCCGAAGACUUCUAUAUGUUUACGCCCUCCUAUUUCUCUAUUGAGGAGGAUGAGCAGACAAAGUCCACAAUGGAUCCACUUCAGUUUGCAGAGAAAUUGGAGGAAGAGGAAGGUAGAUCAUUUGGGUUGAAGUUGCACCUAGUGUUUUGGCUUCUGAAACAAUGGUUCAUGUCUCGAUCUCUCGUCGUCUGCCAGCCUUUGGUCUCUUCAUCUGAUUCUGUGGCACUAGAAUACAUAGCAGGGUUCAUCAACGACCGAUGUUACAUUUUUGGCUCAUGCUUCGGCCUUCUCCUAAUAUACAUUGGUCAUCUCUUCGUCGCAAAUCCCUUGACAAAGAAGUUUCGAAUCCUGAAUCACUCUGGUUCAAAGCUUCUGCCUCACAUAGUUGGUUGUGUCGAAAAGUAUGAUCCUUAUGACCCCAAUGGUCCCCUUGUUCGUCGUACAGAGAGAGCGAUGUGCGUUGGUUUCGUGGUAGAUCCAUCUCGAACCACCAAGAGAUUCAAGAUCGUCUGCAUACUUGAGAUGGAAACGAAGUACAGAUUCGAAAUCAGCGACGGAGAUUCUUGGAGGUUAUCGAAAACGACCCUAACGACUAGCUCCAAAAGUGGUCUCAAGACGCGGAUAAAACCUGUUUACGUAGAUGGCAAUCUUCAUUGGUUGAGAAACGACUGGAGCCUCAUAGCAUUCAAUCCCGAGACAGAGCAAGCACGACUGAUUCCUUGUAGCUUCCAUCCAACACCGGACACGAAGGUGCUUUUCGCAGCAAAAGAUAAGAUCAACCCCAUGACCUUGAUAUCAGGGACGAUAAAAGAAAUCUCAAUCUACACACUGCUCGGGAAUCACAAGUGGGCACUCGAAAGGCAGAUCAAGAAUGUAUCAAUGGAGAAAACAAGGUUUAAAUAUUGGCACGUAGUUGCAUAUGACGGCAAGUGUCUAGUGGUGUUGGAGAAUAAUGUGGAAGCUGACAGUUGGCGAGUUUUGGGGGGAGUCGAAUGUUGGUCCGAAGACUUCUAUAUGUUUACGCCCUCCUAUUUCUCUAUUGAGGAGGAUGAGCAGACAAAGGUGAUUGUAGCUUCUGAUGACCAACACAUCUCCUAUCUAACUACACUUUUGGAAGUCAUUGAUCCAACAAGCACACCCGACCCUAUGGAAUGGUCGGAAGCUUAUGGUUUAAGAGAACUGCCGCCAAUUCAGAAAAUUGUUGAGGAUCUUAUGAGGGAGCCUCCAUUUUUUCUCGUUCCUUUGGAUAUUCCUGGCAACAAGUAUCGAACAGUACGUACAUUCGGAAUGGACAUAAAAGCCAACAGACCAAAAGCGCGGUUCUAUGAGAGGCAUUUGAAUGAUGAUGGUAAAUGGGUAGGGCUAGGAGAGGCUGCGGAUGUGGAGGGUUCUACAUUGCAAUGUAGCGAUGAGAUGUGGGGCGGUUCAUGGUUAGGUUAUAAACAAGGCCGAUUUGCUUUUGUUUUGGACAGCGAUAAUUUAAAACACAGCACUACCGUGAUUCCUAGUUUCUUCAAGUCCACAAUGACUCCAGGUGGGUUUGCAGAUUACUUGGCCCAAAAGGAAGCUAAAUCCUUUGGGUUGAAGUUGCACCUAGUGUUAGCAGACAUAGAAGUGUCAAUUAAGAAAAUUGUUGAGGAUGUGAUGAUGGAUCCUCCAGUUUUCAUCAACAUGUUUGAUUCUUCUGGCAAUGUGGUGGUGCCGCGUACAAAACACCCAGUGGGACUGGAUGUGAAAGCCAAUAGACCACACGCACACCUCUAUGAGAAGCGUUUGAAGUCUGCUGGUAACUGGGUGAACCGCUUUAGACAUUUCGACAAAUUAGAAUCUAAAUCUAUGGCAAUGAUGCGAUGUACGAACAAAUCUUUCAAAUCGUAUUUAACUGACCCAAGAUUUGGACCUCAAUACCCUUCAUGGGUCAGACCCACUUUGAUUAACCUUUCGAGCUCUAACAAAUCUCUCAUCUUCUCCCAGCCUUUGGUCUCUUCAUGUGAUUCUGUGUCACUAGGAAACAGAGCAGAGUUCAUUAACGACCGAUAUUACAUUUUUGGCUCAUGCUCUGGCCUUCUCCUACUUUACAUUGGUUAUCUCUUCGUCACAAAUCCCUUAACAAAGAAGUUUCGAGUUGUAGAUCACUAUGGGUCAAAGCUUUUGCCUUACAUAGUUGGUGGAGUUGAAAAGAAUGAUCCUUAUGACCCCGACGGUCCCCUUGUUCGUACAGAGAGAGCGAUGUGCGUUGGUUUCGUGGUAGAUCAUUAUAGAACCACCAAGAAAUUCAAGAUUGUCUGCAUACUUGAGAUGGAAACGAAGUACAGAUUCGAAAUCAGCGACGGAGAUUCUUGGAGGUUAUCGAAAACGACCCUAACUACUAGCUCCAAAAGUGGUCUCAAGAAACGAAUGAAACCUGUUUACAUAGAUGGCAAUCUUCACUGGUUGAGAAACGACUGGAGCCUCAUAGCGUUCAAUCCCGAGACAGAGCAAGCACGACUGAUUCCCUCUAGCUUCCAUCCAACACCGGAUACGAAGGUGCUUUUCGCAGCAAACGAUAAGAUCAAUAUCCUGACCUUGAUAUCAGGGACGAAAAAAGCAAUCACAGUUUACACAUUGCUCGGGAAUCACAAGUGGGCACUCGCAAGGCAGAUCAAGAACGUAUCAAUUGAUGAUACAUGUCUUGAAUGUUGGAACGUGGUUGCAUAUGACGGCAAGUGUCUAGUAGUGAGGGAGAAGGAGAAAGGUUGUGAAGACAUUGGGCUUCAUGUGUACGAUAUGGAAGCUGACAGUUGGGGAGUUUUUGAGACAACCAAAUGUUGGUCCGAAGACUUCUAUAAGUUUACGCCCUCCUAUUUCUCUACUGAGGACGAUGAGCAGACAAAGGUGAUUGUAGCUUCUGAUGACCAACACAUCUCAUAUCUAACUACACUUAUGGACGUCAUUGAUACAACCAGGUAAACUAAUCUCACUGUUUUAUUAUUUUGAGUCAAUUUCUUAUUCUUAAUCAUCGUAGUCACUGGCUCAUCUCUUACUAACUGAUUCCUUGAAGGCUUGAACCAGUCAAAUAGACUUCACAAAGAUGA